CGGCAGUCCAGACCGCUGGCCACGCGUUUCCCCAUGCUGUGUUAAAUAUAAUAAAAAUAUUUUUUUAAGUGAGAGUGAGCAUUGCGAAAACAGUUAACGAAUUAUAGUUCUUGAGUCGAAAAUCAUAGAAGCGGCGAUGAAGGACAACGGCAAUGGCAUCUCGUCGAGCAACACAGCGGGCAUGGGAAUGCCUUGUACCGCCGGUGGAGCAACAACAACGACGACGGCAGGAGCAACCACGCCCAGUGCGCCCAGUACGCCGACAGCAGCAGCAGCGGCAGCAUCUGCUGCAGACCCUGCAACAGCAACACCGCAAAAUCCGCAACAACGCAGCAAAAGCAACAUCCAUGAUCUGAGAAAUCAGGACUACGUCAGUCGACUAAUGGCAGCCACUCCACCGUAUUUGUAUUCCGCCCCUGUGGGACCAAAUAAUUUCUUUUUCAGCGACAUGCUGCGCUCCUUAGUGCAAGCGCGAAAUAAUGAGACCGCACGUGUGCUGCAGCUGCAACAGCAACAGCAACAACAGGCCCAGCAGCAGCAGCAGCAGCAUCAGCAACAACAGCAGCAGCAACAUCAGGCCGCUUUGGUGAGGCGACCCAGGAAACGUUCCUGGUCGCAUCGUCCUUACUACGAGCAAUUACGAGAACGACGCGAUGCAGAGGAGAAGCAGCAGCAGCAGCAGCAGCACCAGCACCAGCAACAUCAUCAGCAACAGCAGCAGCAACAUCACCAGCAGCAACAGCAACAUCAGCAGCAACAACAGCAACAUCAGCAACUGCAACAGCAAAUGGCGCCCGAAAAACCCCUCGAGCUAACCAAUAAAGCAAUAACACCGUAUGGCUAUGCCAAAAUGGAAACCAAACCACCCAUAACACCAUCAACGGCCACCACGGCAGCACCACCAAGCAGCACCACUGGCAACAAAUCUGGACUGGAUACCAGCCUGCAGGAUAAUACACCGCCAGCGGCUUCGUUGCCACCUCAAGAUUUGGUCCUACCACCGCCACCACCCGUCUGGUAUCCACCACUCUAUGCCCCCUACGGCAUCGAUCCACUGCACUUUUUCAUCGAUCUCCGAGUUUCCGGGCACAUAUACGAUCGCAAGAAGGAGAAUGUCUCGCCAUUGUCGAGUAGCAAUAAUGCGAUAGCCGAAGAAGGAUCACCGGGCUCGUGUUCCUCCGCGGGCGCCACUUCCGGUUCCGGUUUGGCCAGUAAUCUGCUGAGCAAGCAGCGUCACGGUUCCGCUUUCACUGUUCCCAUACCCAAAGCAGCCCAAAACGAUGCAAUCAAUCUAUGCGCCAAUGCCGGCGGCGGAUCCACUUCGGAUGGUGUGACCACCACCACCACCACCACCAACUUGGGCAGCAAAUUCGAGCACUAUGCCAAGUAUUAUGAUCUGGGUGAGACCAAGGAGAAUCAGCCAUCCAGUACGGCUGCCAAUCUGUCGGCAGCCGCUGCUGCCGCCGCUGCAGCUGCAAAUCUUUCGAAAUCGGGAGCCAGCUACAUGUUGCAACAUCUGCCCAGGCUGUACAGUCAAUUUGCCGCCCAUCAGGCGCAGCAGGUUCAGAGCCAGGACACCGAUGCCAAGUCGGAAUCCGCAUCGGUUAGUGCUUCACUUUCGGCCCCAGAUCUGUGUGACGAGGAUUCAUUGGGACGCAAUUCCAGUGACAUGGGCGCCGGUUUGGAGGGAACAAGUGGCGGUCAGGGCAACUGUGACAUCGACGUGGAGAUCAUUGACUCCAUCAAAUAUCGCACGGAUGGCGAGAGCAGUCGCUGUUCCAGUAACGACGAGGCCUCCAUCACCCAAAUCGAUUGAGGCUGCAAUA